CGAAGGGGUAGAAGCUUGGCUUAAUGAAUCCUUUUUCAAGGAGUUCAUUGAGUUGGCACUUCAUUUCUUUGGCUACCGGGACGGAGAGUUGGUAUGGAGGGCGGCACGGCGGAGAGUGGCCGGGUUCCAGAUCAAUGGUAUGAGACACCACGAUCCGGGGGUAAUCUGGCAAGCAAGGCCUCGGGAAAAAACGUCUUUGAACUCGUUGAGGAUGGAGGUGAGGGCGGGGUCGGAGGGGGGAGCUUGAUCGGGUUUGUCCGUAGGGAGCAAGUCCUCGGGACGUUCGCGAUCAAGGACAAGGCAGUAGUAAAUGGAGUUGGGGUUAUGACGGGCCAUGUGGAGAACCUGGUGGGGAGUGACGGAGUUUUGGGAGGCAGGGUGGGAGAAAUAGGGGAUGUCGAUGCGCGUGUCGGGGGGAUUGGUGAGGCGGAAGAAGCUGGGGUGGAACGCGUGGGGUGGGUGGAAGUGAUAGUGGAUGUAGUCGACAGAGGUUUUGAGUGGGGGCGAAUGGUCGACGACUGUGUGACGGCGGGGGUUGUUGUCUUGGGUGGUGGGGAGACCAUGGUGGAGGUGGUGGUGGAUGAAGGCGGGGGUGUGGAUGACGUACUAGCGGAGAGGGCGGCGGAUGUGGAGGCAGAGGAUGGAAGAAGGGUGGUCGCACCCGAGAUGGUGGAGACCGAUGUUCUGAUGUCGUCGAUGGAUGAGUGGACGGAUGUCACCAUGUGGAGGAGUGUUGCGAGAUCGGUCGCGCCAUCAGGUGCUGGUGUUUGCUCGCCUGCGAGGUUGCUGGCGAUGCUGUCGACGGAGUCGGUGCGGAUGCCGGACAUAUCAAUGCUGGAUGAUUGGGCCAUGGUGGGGGAGAAGGCCGUGGUAGCGGCGGACGAGGUGUAAGCAGCAGAUGAAGUGGAGGCGGUGGCAGCAGCGGCGGCUACGCAUUGAGAGUUCC